AUGUCAACCACGAGGCCUAGCCAAUCGUCCAACAAUUCAGGGAGGUCAAGAAAUAGUGCUAGGAUUAUUGCUCAGACAACUGUGGAUGCGAAGCUUCAUGCAACUUUUGAGGAGUCUGGUAGUUCGUUUGACUACUCGAGUUCGGUGCGUGUUUCUGGCUCGGUGGAUGGAGAUCAACAACCGAGGUCCAACAAAGUGACAACAGCUUACCUCAAUCAUAUACAGAGAGGUAAGCAGAUCCAGCCUUUCGGGUGCUUGCUGGCUUUAGAUGAGAAAACGUGCAAGGUUAUUGCGUAUAGUGAGAAUGCGCCUGAGAUGCUGACUAUGGUGAGUCAUGCUGUUCCUAGCGUGGGUGACCAUCCUGCCCUUGGCAUUGGAACUGACAUAAGGACUGUUUUCACUGCACCGAGUGCUUCUGCGUUGCAGAAGGCACUAGGGUUUGCGGAGGUUUCACUUCUUAACCCGAUUCUUGUUCAUUGCAAGACUUCUGGGAAGCCGUUUUACGCGAUCAUCCAUCGUGUUACGGGUAGUUUGAUCAUUGACUUUGAGCCGGUGAAGCCUUAUGAAGUUCCCAUGACUGCCGCGGGUGCCUUGCAAUCUUACAAACUUGCUGCUAAAGCAAUUACAAGAUUGCAAUCUUUGGCUAGUGGCAGCAUGGAAAGGCUUUGUGAUACCAUGGUUCAAGAAGUUUUUGAACUAACGGGUUAUGACAGGGUGAUGGCUUAUAAAUUUCACGAGGAUGAUCACGGGGAGGUGAUUGCUGAGAUAGCAAAGCCAGGCCUAGAGCCAUAUCUAGGGCUGCACUAUCCGGCAACAGAUAUUCCCCAGGCUGCACGGUUUUUAUUUAUGAAGAACAAGGUCCGCAUGAUAGUUGAUUGUAAUGCAAAACAUGUGAAGGUUCUUCAAGACGAAAAACUCCCAUUUGAUUUGACUCUCUGUGGUUCGACCUUAAGAGCUCCACAUAGUUGCCAUUUGCAGUACAUGGCUAACAUGGAUUCAAUUGCUUCGUUGGUUAUGGCAGUAGUCGUCAAUGACAGCGAUGAAGAUGGAGAUAGCGCUGAUGCAGUUCUCCCACAAAAGAAAAAGAGACUUUGGGGUUUGGUAGUUUGUCAUAACACUACUCCAAGGUUUGUUCCUUUUCCUCUAAGGUAUGCUUGUGAGUUUCUGGCUCAAGUGUUUGCCAUACAUGUGAACAAAGAAAUAGAGUUAGAAUAUCAGAUUCUUGAGAAGAAUAUCCUGCGCACACAGACGUUGUUGUGUGAUAUGUUGAUGCGAGAUGCACCCUUAGGUAUUGUAUCACAAAGCCCUAAUAUAAUGGAUCUAGUGAAAUGUGAUGGGGCUGCACUCUUCUAUAGAAACAAGUUAUGGUUAUUAGGUGCGACACCGACUGAAUCUCAAAUAAGAGAGAUAGCUUUAUGGAUGUCUGAGUAUCAUACAGAUUCGACAGGUUUGAGUACAGAUAGCUUGUCGGAUGCAGGGUUUCCAGGGGCUCUUUCUCUUAGUGAUACUGUAUGUGGAAUGGCAGCUGUUAGAAUAACUUCAAAAGACAUAGUUUUCUGGUUUAGGUCACACACUGCUGCAGAAAUCCGAUGGGGUGGUGCAAAGCAUGAACCGGGCGAACAGGAUGAUGGUAGGAAGAUGCAUCCAAGAUCAUCAUUCAAGGCUUUCCUUGAAGUUGUGAAAGCCAGAAGCGUGCCGUGGAAAGACUUUGAAAUGGAUGCUAUUCAUUCGUUGCAGUUAAUACUGAGAAAUGCGUCCAAAGAUACAGAUAUUAUAGAUUUGAACACGAAAGCAAUCAAUACAAGACUAAAUGAUUUGAAGAUUGAAGGGAUGCAGGAAUUGGAAGCAGUGACAAGUGAGAUGGUUAGAUUAAUUGAAACAGCAACAGUGCCUAUUUUGGCAGUGGAUGUUGAUGGGACGGUCAACGGAUGGAAUAUAAAAAUCGCCGAGUUGACAGGUCUUCCAGUUGGCGAAGCUAUUGGAAAACAUUUACUCACCCUGGUUGAGGAUUCUUCAACUGAUAUUGUCAAGAAGAUGCUCAACUUGGCACUGCAGGGUGAAGAAGAGAAGAAUGUUCAAUUCGAGAUAAAAACACAUGGGGAUCAGGUGGAAUCCGGUCCUAUUAGUUUGAUAGUUAAUGCGUGUGCAAGCAGGGAUCUUCGUGAAAAUGUAGUGGGGGUUUGUUUUGUGGCCCAAGAUAUUACUGCUCAGAAGACUGUCAUGGACAAAUUCACCCGAAUCGAAGGCGAUUACAAAGCAAUUGUGCAGAACCCGAAUCAGUUAAUCCCUCCUAUAUUCGGUACAGAUGAAUUUGGCUGGUGUUGUGAGUGGAAUGCAGCUAUGAUUAAGUUAACUGGAUGGAAGCGCGAGGAGGUAAUGGACAAAAUGCUUCUAGGAGAGGUUUUCGGUACUCAAAUGUCUUGUUGUCGUCUAAAGAAUCAAGAAGCUUUUGUUAAUUUCGGCAUUGUACUUAAUAAAGCCAUGACUGGUUUAGAAACAGAAAAGGUUGCUUUUGGUUUCUUCUCUCGGAAAGGCAAGUACGUAGAGUGCCUACUCUCAGUGAGUAAGAAAAUCGACGCAGAGGGCCUAGUUACCGGAGUCUUCUGUUUCUUGCAGUUAGCUAGCCCUGAGCUGCAACAAGCAUUACAUAUUCAGCGCCUAUCCGAACAAACUGCUCUAAAGAGACUGAAAGUACUGACUUACAUGAAAAGGCAGAUCAGGAAUCCGUUGGCUGGGAUUGUGUUUUCCAGUAAAAUGCUGGAGGGUACUGACUUGGAAACUGAACAAAAACAAAUCGUGAACACUAGUUCUCAGUGCCAGCGCCAGCUUAGCAAAAUUCUUGACGACUCUGAUCUCGACGGCAUCAUUGAUGGGUACUUGGAUCUUGAGAUGGCUGAAUUUACUUUACAUGAGGUACUGGUUACCUCUCUUAGUCAAGUCAUGAAUAGGAGCAACACAAAGGGUAUCCGAAUAGCAAACGAUGUUGCGGAGCAUAUCGCAAAGGAAACCUUGUAUGGUGAUAGUCUUAGGCUGCAACAGGUCUUAGCUGACUUUUUACUAAUUUCCAUCAAUUCCACACCUAAUGGAGGCCAGGUUGUUAUAGCAUCCUCCUUAACUAAAGAACAGUUGGGAAAAUCUGUCCAUCUUGUUAACUUGGAGCUCAGCAUAACACACGGUGGUAGUGGCGUGCCCGAAGCGGCGUUGAACCAGAUGUUUGGAAAUAAUGUGCUAGAAUCUGAGGAGGGUAUUAGCCUACACAUCAGUAGGAAGUUGUUAAAGCUUAUGAAUGGAGAUGUUCGAUAUUUAAAAGAAGCAGGGAAAUCAUCGUUUAUUCUAUCUGUUGAACUUGCAGCAGCUCAUAAGUUGAAAGGUUGA